AUGGGAGGAGCAGAAGCAGCACUACCCUGCGAAGGACAUAGAGGCGGUGGUGGGGCAUGUUACGGAGGUUUCCCACGAAUUUCCACUCUUGUAAAACAAGAAAGAGAAAGAAGUAAAGCAUUAAACAUAUCGAUACUCUAUCUCGAUGCUGGUGACAUUUUUGAGGGUUCAAAACUAUUCGAUAAGUACACGGAUACAAUAUCUUACCGACUAUUAAAUGCACUGAAACCGAAUGCUACAACAUUAGGAAACCAUGAAUUCACUAGAGGAAUUAACAAGUUAAUAUCUUAUAUAGAUAAUUUGUCAUUUCCGGUAGUGACUUGCAAUUUGGAUUUAACCAACGAACCAUCGGUUAACCGGCCAAAUUUACACAAAAGUAUUAUUCUAAAUGUAGAUGGCCACAAAGUUGGAAUAGUUGGAUACACAUCUUCCGACGUUAGGGGUUUACGACACAUUAAAUUUUUAUCUGAAAUAGAACCUAUAAAAAAUGAAGUUUCAAAGCUAAAGAAGCAAGGAGUUAAAAUAAUAAUCGGUUUAAGUCACUCGGGUUACGAAUUUGACCAGAACGUUGCCAAAGUUGUUGACGAUAUCGAUUUAAUAGUAAACGGUCACUCACACUCAUUAUUGUCUAGCGAUGCACCAGUUGGCACCCAAAUUCUUUCGCAGAUAGUGGAAGGUCCUUAUCCGACAGUAAUUAAUAAAAUGGAAAAUGGGAAAAAUCGUAGCGUUUAUAUAGUCCAGGCUUACGCUUACACAAAAUAUCUAGGAAACUUGUCGGUUGUUUUUGAUGACCAGGGUGAAAUUAAAAGUUUUGAGGGAAAACCUAUUUUGCUGGAUGACAAAAUAAAACAAGAUCCAAUUUUUCUGAAAGAGUUUGAUAUAUUUCCGGCAGAUCCGAUUAAUUUGACCGCCGUUGGGUACACAAGAGUUCCUUUGGAAGGUUACAUGUACGCUUGCAGAAGGAUAGAAUGCACUCUCGGAGAUGUUGUUGCUGAUGCUCUUAUUGAAUACAAUCUAAACAUAAUUGAAAGUAAUAAAGGUUGGACAGAUGCUGCAAUAGCUCUUGUAAGUAGUGUAUUACUUGCAGAUGGUAUGAGCAAUGUUAGAAAAAAUCCGAUCGUUCAAGAAAAUAUUGAUCUUUCAAUAACUUAUAAAAGUAAAAUUUACAAAAUGGAGUUAACUGGUAAAGAUAUUCGUGACCAAUUUGAAUACAGUUUACGUGGAAUGGAAAACUACAAAAUUUCUCAAUUUUGGGGUGGAUUUUUACAAGUAUCAGGAAUUAAAGUAACAUAUGACCUGAGUAAACCUAUUGGGUCAAGAGUAAUUCCCGAUUUGUUCUUUGUUCGUUGCGCAGAGUGCGUAUUUCCACAUUACGAAAAACUUGUUGAUGACAAUAUUUAUAAAGUACUUAUGGAUGAAAGACUUGCCGUAAGAUUCAAUUCAAGUCAUCGGAGAAGUAAAUUUAAUACCACACUAGAUGGUGACCUUAAAGAUGCGGUCCAUUGGUACAUAAAUGCUCGAAGUCCAUUACACCCCGAAUUAGGUGACAGAAUUCACUAUAUUAUACCUUCAAAGAAUUCGGCAUAUCAGCCCUUCUGCUCGGGAUACAUAUAUUUCAAUUUAUUGAGCUGUACACUCGUUGUCAUUAAUGCCUGGCCUCCCAGAUUAUAGAAUCUUUACCAGAAAGGGGGCCAGGCAUUGAUGACAACGAGUGUACUGAAACAGAGGCUACCACAGAAACACGGAGACCAAACGCUACGGAGAAUAAAUCUAAUAAACGUAGCUCAGUGCAACAUGUCGAAAUUACCAAUAAUAAAAAUUGAAUGUUUGGUUGAAAGUUUUAAUAUAAAGUUUAUUAAUACCAACCACACUGACCUACAGCUUUUUUUAUUAAUAACUACCUCUGAUUGCAAUCUCCAAUUGGAAUCACAGAAGGAGGAAAGAAGAAGUUUCAAUCGAAGUUUUUAAUUAGGGCCAUUAUUCAAAUAUUUCCUUUACUUAAUAUGAUUUUAAUACCGAAAAAUAACUUAGUUCUGAAAUUUUUAUAAACUCGACUCGUAUACGUUUCUAAUAACGAAUUAAUCUUUCAAGUGUGACACAAAAAGUAAUUUAAAAUAAAAAAUCUCUGCAGAUAUAUGUCUGCAAAAGAUUAUCAGAAA